UGUCGACGAAGAAGAAGAAGCAGAGCUCUAAUGGCUUCGAAUUCGUUACGUUCUUCGAAUUUCUUCGGAUCCAAUAUCAUAAUUUCAUCCCCCACACCUAAAACCAUAGCAAAGCCUUCGUUUCCCUUCUCCUCGUUCUCCCGUAGAAAGCACCUGAUUACUCGAUCGGCUUUGCAAAUCGAAGACAACGGAAAACCCAUAAACUCAUUGCCGUCGCGAGCAGCGUUAGCCGCUAUUCUUUUCUCAUCGAUUUCUUCGUCACCGCAGGCUUUAGCCUUGGACGAACCGGUUGCGGCUACCCAAACCGUCGUUGUUGAAGCUCAAGCAGUGAAGCCGUCGCCGACGGCGUCGCUGUUCGGUGAGAAUCAGGCGAUUACGGCGCCUAAUCCGAAAUCCCAAUCAUCAUCGGGUCUUCUCCCUGAGGGAACUCAAUGGCGGUACAGCGAGUUCCUAAACGCCGUGAAGAAAGGUCAAGUGGAGAGAGUCAGGUUUAGCAAAGACGGUACAGUUCUUCAGCUCACCGCCGUCGAUAACCGUCGCGCCUCCGUCGUCGUCCCUAACGAUCCGGAUCUUAUCGACAUCUUAGCCAUGAACGGAGUCGAUAUAUCCGUCUCUGAGGGAGAAUCAUCCGGUAACGACUUGUUCUCUAUCAUCGGAAACUUGAUUUUCCCGAUCUUGGCCUUUGGUGGUCUCUUCUUACUCUUCAGGGGAGCUGGAGGCGGUCCCGGUGGCCCUGGAGGUUUAGGUGGUCCAAUGGAUUUCGGACGAUCGAAAUCGAAGUUCCAGGAAGUGCCGGAAACUGGAGUUUCAUUCGCAGAUGUUGCUGGUGCUGAUCAAGCUAAGCUUGAGUUACAAGAAGUUGUGGAUUUCUUGAAGAAUCCAGAUAAGUACACAGCUUUGGGUGCUAAGAUUCCUAAAGGGUGUUUGCUAGUUGGACCUCCCGGUACGGGUAAGACCCUCUUGGCCAGAGCGGUGGCUGGAGAAGCAGGAGUGCCGUUCUUCUCAUGCGCGGCUUCAGAGUUUGUGGAGCUUUUUGUUGGUGUGGGUGCGUCUAGAGUCAGGGAUCUGUUCGAGAAGGCGAAGGCGAAAGCUCCUUGCAUUGUUUUCAUCGAUGAGAUUGACGCUGUGGGAAGGCAAAGAGGAGCUGGGAUGGGAGGAGGAAACGAUGAGAGGGAACAGACGAUUAAUCAGCUGUUGACUGAGAUGGAUGGGUUUUCUGGAAACUCCGGUGUGAUUGUUUUGGCAGCUACGAAUAGACCGGAUGUUCUUGAUUCUGCGUUGUUGAGGCCUGGAAGGUUUGAUCGGCAGGUGACGGUGGAUAGGCCUGAUGUGGCUGGGAGAGUCAAGAUUCUUCAGGUUCAUUCUAGGGGGAAGGCACUUGGUAAAGAUGUGGACUUUGACAAGGUUGCAAGGAGGACUCCUGGUUUCACUGGUGCUGACUUACAGAACCUGAUGAAUGAAGCAGCGAUUCUUGCGGCAAGGCGUGAGCUUAAGGAGAUAAGCAAGGACGAGAUCUCUGAUGCUCUUGAGAGGAUCAUUGCUGGACCUGAGAAGAAGAACGCUGUUGUAUCUGAUGAGAAGAAGAGACUUGUUGCAUACCAUGAGGCUGGGCAUGCUCUAGUCGGUGCUCUUAUGCCGGAAUACGACCCAGUCGCCAAGAUCUCCAUCAUUCCUCGUGGACAAGCUGGUGGGCUUACCUUCUUCGCCCCGAGUGAAGAAAGACUCGAGUCUGGAUUGUACAGUAGGAGCUACCUCGAGAAUCAAAUGGCUGUUGCACUUGGAGGAAGAGUUGCAGAGGAAGUGAUCUUUGGUGAUGAGAAUGUGACGACAGGAGCAUCAAACGAUUUCAUGCAGGUGUCUCGAGUGGCUCGUCAGAUGAUUGAGAGAUUUGGGUUCAGCAAAAAGAUUGGACAAGUCGCCGUUGGUGGCCCCGGAGGAAACCCCUUCAUGGGUCAACAAAUGUCUUCACAGAAAGACUACUCAAUGGCGACUGCAGAUAUCGUAGACGCCGAGGUGCGAGAGCUGGUGGAGAAGGCGUACAAGAGAGCAACGGAGAUCGUAACAACUCAUAUUGAUAUCCUACACAAGCUUGCGAACCUUCUGAUCGAGAAAGAAACUGUUGACGGUGAAGAGUUCAUGAGCCUCUUCAUCGACGGCCAAGCUGAGUUGUAUUGUACAAUGUGUUCAGAUUAUGAAAUGAGCCUCUUGUCUUCCAAGAUCGAGGCUUCUUUAAGCAUCGAAGCUGAGUCUUCGAGCAUGUUCAGCUUGGCAAGAGCCACGGCCUGA